GAGAUUCAUUCAUGUUGUGGGUAUCAAUUGUUAAUUUUUAUUGCUGAAUCGUAUUCCGUUGUAUGGAUAUACCACAGUUUGUUUAUUUGGUCACUUUUUGAUGGUUGACAUCAAUGAAACGUUGACAUUUGAGCUGUUUCUCUUUUUGGCUAUUACAAACAAAGCUGCUAUGAACAUUCACAUGAGUUUUAAACUUUUAGAUUUCACCAAAUACUGCAUGUUCUCACUUAUAAGUGGGAGGUAAAUGCUGAGUACACAUGGACACAAAGAAGAGACGGGUUUUCACCAUGUUAGCCAGGAUGGUCUUGAUAUCCUGACCUCGUGAUCCACCUGCCUCGGCUUCCCAAAGUGCUGGGAUUACAGGCCUGAGCCACUGCGCCCAGCCGACACUGGCACCUGCUUAAGGAUUGCGCAGAACGCCAGAGUACUCGAAACUGUGAAGAACCAAGGCAGCUUCUCGUCAUUUGCCUCUGAUUUGUCUGUCUUGCCUGCCACUUCCUCUCUCUGGAACUGCAUAGUGCUUUUGCUGUGCUCCUCUCUGUGCAUCUGCUAGCCUCCCUCUACCUGAGGGUUACAGUAGCCCAGUUUAGCUCCUUAUGCAUGAAUGGGAAACUUCUUUGAAUUGGGGAGAUGUCCCCUGACUCCUUUUAUUAUCUCGCCUGGGGAGAAAUGCUGGGAAAAGAGGGAAGAAUUGUAUGAUGGACUAAUAUAUGUAACAUACGACAUUCUGAAAAAGGCAAAACUAUAGGGAGAGAAAACAGAUCAGUGGUUGCCAGGGCCUACUGGUAGGGGGAGUGGUUGACUAUAAGACACGAUGGGAUUUUUUGGGAGGAUGGAACUAUUUUGUAAGUGACUGUAUGCAUUUGUAAACUCUACACUAUAAGGGCACAUGUAAAUUAUAAUAUAGAAAACUUGAUUUUAAAAAGGUCCCUGGUACAUAAAGGGAUAGGGGAUGGGGAUAUAUCCUUUUUUUUUUUUUGUAACACAGAAGUAGCACAUGUAACGCUUUAACUCUCCAUUGGUAUUAAAGAUGAAUAAUAAGUGAUGAUUCAUCUUACCAGCAAGACUGUCUAUAAACCCAUAGUAGUAAAAACUAUGAUAUAGACACGGAGAAUGACAAAAUAAUAGGUCAGAAGAGAGAACCUAGAAACAAACCCAUGUUAUAUAUAGGAACUUGACAUAUAACAAAAAUUUCAUUGCAAAUAGGAAAGGAAAGGGUGGGAAUUCAACAACUGAUACUGGGAUAAUUGGCAUAUGAAAGAGAUUAAAUUACAUCUCAAUAGUACAGAAUGCAGAAAAAUGGAUUUCACCCAGACGAAACACCUAAAUUUAAAUGGCAAAACACUAAAACUUUUAACAUAAAUAAUAGAAUAUCUUCAGGAUAUCAGAGUAAACAAGGUUUUCUUAGGACAUAGGAAAUAGGACCAAUAAGGAAAAGGAAGACCUCAUAUGACAUGAGGAGUGGAGGCCUCAGAGUUAUAGAAGAGCAUAUAAAAUAUACAACUGUUGGUUUUUUAAAGGAGCAAAAGUAGUGAGAUAUAUAUUUAUUGUGUAACUGUGGAGAGGAACUUUGGAAGUAGACAAAAGAAACUAAUAGUGGUUAUCUUAGAAUGAGAGGAGAUUGCAGAUGGGUUGGAAGGUGAUAUAGUUUGGAUGUGUGUCUCCAUUCAGAUAUCAUAUUGAAAUGUAAUUCCCAGUGUUGGAGGUGGGGCCUGCUGGGAGGUGAGUGGAUCAUGGGGGCAGAUUUCUCAUGAAUGGUUUAGCACCAUCUCCAUUGGUACUAUCCUCGAAAUAGUGACUGUGUUCUCGUGAGAUGUGGUCAUUUAAAAGUGUGUAGCACCUCCUUCCUUCACUUUCUUGUUUCUGCUCUGGCCGUGACAUGCCUGCUCCCCCUUUGCCUUCCGCCACAAUUGUAAGUUUCCUAAGGCCUCUCCAGAAGCUGAGCAGAUGCCAGCAUCAUCCUUCCUGUACAGCCUACAGAACUGGGAUGAAAGAACAGAAACUUGAAGCCAAAAAGAAGCGUGAUGAACAAAUAGAGGCAGAAAGACAAAUUCUUGAUCUGGAAGAAGAAAUAUACAAACAAGGAAAAAGAAAAAAGGCCAUUGAAAAUGCAAAGCAAUAUCAAUUUUACCAGACAGAAAGAGUGAAAAACUUUCAUUCGGGACUUCUUCUUAGUAGAGUUAUGAAAGAACGUGAUGCCCAGAUUGAAUUCCGAAAGAGUAAGAUAAGAUCAGAUAAAAAAUGGGAGGAACAGUUGAAACUCAACAUUGAAAAAGCUUUUAAAGAAGAACAAGAAAAAGCAGAAAAACGACACAGAGAAAGGGUGGCUCUUGCCGAAGAUCAUCUAAAACAAAUAAAGGAACAUGAGGAAGAAGAGGAAAGAAGGAAAAAACGUGAAGAAAAAGAUGCUGAGGAAAUAAAGCGACAGAAUGCAUUAUAUGAAAUUGAAAUGAGAAAAAAACUAGAAAAGAAAAGAGAAGAGAUGCAUGAAAGCAGGAGACGGUUUCUUGAACAUAUGCAGGAUAAACAUAUUAUCAAAGCUGUAGAACAGCAGCAGCAAGAGGAAGAAGAUGAAAAGAUGAGAAAAUUCAUCAAAGCAAAAAAGCGUCUUAUACAAAUGGGGAAAGAAAAAGAGGCUGAAACACACAGGCUUAUGGAGAAACGAAGAGAAAGAAUACAUAACUUCCUGAGUGAACUAUUGAAAGAGAAACUUGACAAUGAAGAUAUGAUUAUUGCUAGAGAUAUUGCAGAAGCUGAGGCUGAAUGGGAAAAAAGAGAAAGAGAAAAAGAUGAAAAAAACAAAGCAGAAUUAAAAAAAAUUGCAGAAUAUAGAGCCAUUGUGAUGAAAAAUAAAGAGGAAGAAGAAAGACAAAGAAAAAUAGAGGCUAAAGAACAAUUGCUGGCUGUCAUGAAAGCAGAUCAGAUUUUCUGGGAACAUGAAAAGGAGAAAAAAUGCAAAGCUGAUAAAGAACAUCAAGAGGUUCAAGAUGCCCAUAUUCAGCAAAUGGCCAAAAAUAAGUUUAAUGCAAAGCAAGCAAAACAAGCAGAAUUAGAUUAUUGCAGACUUACUGAAGCUCUUGUGGCUGAAAAGGAGAAAGAAUUUCAGGACUAUGCCAGAGAGGUAAUUGAACUUGAAUCGGAAACAACAAAUAAAUACAUUUACCCUCUUGUAAAAGCUGUACAGGAAGGACCUGGAGGUGGCCGUGGACCAGUGUUUGUGGACAGAGGUGGAUUAAGACCCAGCUAUCAGGCAAAUGAUGUUACUGGAGUCCAGCUCCCUUUUUAUAACUCUCAGGGACCAAAAUAUAAUUUUCAAAAGUCAAAGAGAAGGCUAGGUUUUACAUGGUAGAAAAAAAUUAUUUUUAACAUUGAGAAGACUAAGUUGUAGCAUAUAUGAGCUUCAAAUGUAAAUGGAUUUCUGUGAAUAAAGCUGUUCUUCAUCUAAGUACAA